GUGGUACGAGGUCGUGAUCCUAGUGCAGUCGCAGUGUUAGCAGAAGAUGGAGCUGCAGUAGCAGGACUGUUGAUUGCUGCAUCAUGUCUAGGACUGACGUCAUACACUGGAAAUGGUGUCUAUGAUGCUAUUGGAUCUAUAGCCAUUGGAGGUACUCGCUCAAUGUAUUUAUAUAUACUCAGUUUAAAUACACGUCUAGUCUAAAUACACGCGUAAGCUAUUCAUAAUCCUUGAAGUUAUGUAUGUAAUCGAAUAAGCACGCGUAAAGUGGUUGCAUUUCAAAUUUCGCCAUUAAAUGCAGCGAAAUUGUAGCAUUGCACUAUUCACUGACACUUAAACAAAACUUUGUGGCUUUCUUUGUGUUUGGUGUCUAGCUUCAUGUCCUAUAAAAUUUAAAACUUUGUUCGUCUGUAGCUGGAGCGUUUGUUUUUGUCCGGCGGAGCUGAGCAACCACCACCUCCGGAGUAUAUGCUAAAAUGUUUUAUUCUUUUUAUCAAUUUUCAUUUUAAAUUUUGGAAAUUUAAAACACUCUAACUUAUAAUCUAACUUUUAAAACAAUCUAACUUAUAAAUAAAUUUAUAUUAUAUUCUAUUGUAUUGUAUAAUUGCAUUAUUUUACAACUUCAAAAUAUUUGUAUACGGCGUAUUCACCCAAUAAUCUCUAUAAUUCCCACACAAUUGUGAUUUUUCCAGUCUUAUUAAUUAGUGUAUUAUUAAAUUUUGUUCAGGUUUGUUAGGCUCUGUAGCGACAUUUUUAAUAAGAAGAAAUGCUAAUUUCUUAGUCGGCAGGUAUGAGAAAUCGUAAUUUUUAUGUUUGCUAUUUUAUUUUUUUAAAUCAGUUUGAACAUUAAUCUAAUAUGGAUAAAAAUAGCAAGGUAAUGGCAGAUGUAUAGAUAGAUAGAUAGAAACUUUUAUUUAAACACGCUAACCAUUGUCAACCUAGGCUGAUUUCCACAAGGGGCGUGUACAAUAAUAAAAUUACAAAGAUAUAGUAUAUAGUAAGAUAUUACAUACAGUAAGAAAUAUAUAUAUAUACAUAUAUAUAUAUAUAUAUAUAUAUAUAUAUAUAUAUAUAUAUAUAUAUAUAUAUAUAUAUAUAUAUAUAUAUAUAUAUAUAUAUAUAUAUAUAUAUAUAUAUAUAUACAUAAUUAUAUAAGUAUAAGAAUAAUAAUGCUAUUCAAAAAUGUGAGUAUUCAAAAAUGUGAGUAGCGAUUUUAGUUUCAAAGGACAUGAUGGAGUUGCUCUCUCUAAUUUUGGUUGGUAAGGAAUUCCAAAUGUGUGCCCCGUCAAACAUGAAACUUUUUUCAAGCUAUUUGUACGCGGCUGUGGUAAGCAAAGAGUACUUUCCACAUCUCGAAGUUUAUAAUUUGUCAUUUCACUUUUGAAAGUAAAUAAAUCAGUAAGUGAUUUAGGACCCAUUUUAUUCAACAAUUUAAACAUCAGUUUGAACUUAGCCUUUAUUCUUUCCGUUUUAAGUGGCUUCCAGUCUAAAGCAUCUAAAGCAACCAGAUGAUCUACAUCGUUGCUCAUAUUCAUUAUGAUUCGAGCAGCUCUGUUUUGGAGCUUUUGGAGGCGUUUUGAUUGUGUUUCACCCAAACACAUCCCAUACUUCACAGCAAUAUGUAAAGUAUGGGCGAACAAUAGAAUUAUACACAGAGACAAGUGUAUCUUUCUCAACAAAUUCUUUUAUUUGACGAAGAGCUGAUAUCCCGGAUGUUAUUUUCUUGCAAAUUGUUUCAGUAUUAUUCUUCCAAGACAAAUGCUGGUCAACAGUCACUCCAAGAGUUUUGCAAUCAUAUACUUGUUUAAUUGGUUUGUUUUCUAUGAUAAUGUUUGGUUGUCUAUUUGAGAUACUUAUGUAUGUUGUACUACACAUGUGGACUCACUUGCAUUUGAAGGAAGCCAUGAUGUCACAUAACGUCACACGUUAAUGGCGCCAUCAUGAUCGUUGCUCUGAUUUGACCACUCUUGUUUGCACAUUUAUAUAAGUUUAUUAUUACAUUUUAAAUCUCCUUAAUAUUUGGAUUGAUUAAAAAAACCCUGUUUAACCCCGCUCCUCCCUUGACGAGUAAAAUCAUCUUCCAUUAGACAGAAUAUAAUAAUAAAUUAGGGUGCAUACGGUAUAUGUUGUUGUAAAUAUUUGAAUUGAUGACAUUACAGGUCAAUACCAGAAGAUAGGUUGAAACAAAUCAUGGAUGUAUUGGAACAAGAUAUUAUGGUCAGGUAAUGCGAUAACAUUUUAUAUUAUUAUAUAGAACUUUAGAGAACGUUCAGUGAAAGGAUUAAUUAAGAUGUGGAUUAUAAGCGUAGUAUGAAUUGUUUGUUACAAAAUCUAGUCAGAGUUUUUCGUGCUCUCUCAUCCUCCUUUUAAAUACGAUGCGGCUUGGACAUGUAUUGAAGCCGACAAACUUUUAUGAUUUACGCAAAUAUAGGGUAAAAUAAAUAUAAUCCCAAAUGUUAUUGGAGAAGGACCUUAUUUUUUCUUCAUUGUAAAUUUUGUUAUUUAUAGAUCUAUUCAUGACGUGAAAGCGACAGAAUUAGGUAAUAUAUACUCAUCGUAGCAGCUGUGAUCUGGAUUGACAAAAUCUCAACUUGUAGUUUAAUCUUAAGAAAUUACAGGAUAAAACUAUACCAGCCAAGUAGAUCGGUUUUUAUAGAUGUACAGUAAUGUUCCAACGUAAAUUUAUGCAUUUUAGUCCUAAGCAGGAGCAGUUGCGCAAAAUGCAGGUAGGAGUCCUGCGACUCCGCUGCAACUCUGUUGUAGCUCAGUUGGUUAGAACGCUGACCAGAAUUGUAGGGCCGCAACUUCCAUUCCUGCCAGAGGACGAAUACACGGGUAAAAAUUGAUCAGGUUGUUCGGCGUUGUUCAAACAGGAGUGAACAAUGUUGUGCUGCACCCCGUGAACAAUAUUGUUAACAAGUUGUUCAACCAUCAGUACUGUUGCAAGUUGUUAACAUGAUUGUCAACAAGUUGCAACAAUGUUGAUGGUUCAACAACUUGUUAACAAUAUUGUUCAUGGGGUGCAGCACAACAUUGUUCGCUCCUGUUUUGAACAACUUGCAUCAACAUGAUGAUUUUUACGCGUGUAGUUGCAUUUUUCGCAACUGCUCCUGGUUAGGUGAGUGUAUAAUACUUGAUGUAAAUCAUUUGAUCAUAUCAUGCACAUGUACAUUUGCCCUAUAGAAUGUUGAUCUUGAUCAGUGCUGGAAAAUGUCCGGCAGCGCCAGCAGCACCGCUGCCAGGAAAUAUUUGACAAAAUAUUUUCCCAGGAAAUUUUCUUACACCUUGCAGGAAAUUCCUGUCAUCUUAUAAACUGAAAUGCCAUAUAAUUUACUUAUUGUUUAAAAAGUCCAAAAGCAUUUUGCAAGACGAGUUUGUCUUGUGCUGAGAUCAAAGUUUAUCGCAUGUGCGACACCAUCCGUUCUCUGCAAUUUACGAUGCAGCAAGUCUUAUAAUUGACUUUAUUUUUGGAUUUUGCUGCCAGGAAGACAAAUAUAUUUUCUAGGCCUGAUCUUGAUCUUAAUUUCCUUUGUUUUUUUGGUCACAGGAGCUGAUACAGUGAGAUUCAAAGCUGAAAUCAAUUUUGAUGGCAGGGAAAUAACCAGACGACAUUUAAGUAGGAAGGAAACAGCUCAGUUACUAAAGGUACGGAGGCUGGGUAUACAAACCUGGACGAUGAAUGCUCAAUAAAUGUCUAAGAAAUAUUCAUGGUAGUUUGGCAGGGCUCAAAAUAGAGGUUAAGAUAGACACUACCACUCACUUUCUUAGUACGCAUCUGAUUGGCUAAUCGGAUAUACCAAACGCAUCUGAUUGGUUAAUGGUCUCUUAAUGGUAGCGGUAGUAAUGACCGGUCAACGGUCAAUGACCAGCCACAUGAUGACGUCACAUGGUGACUGCAGGUGCGGUAAUUCAAAUUUUGUAGUCGUACCUCAGUUGUACCGUCCAAUGAGUAUUGCCUCUUAUUUGAAUUGGUACAAAUGUAAGACUCCAGGUGUACUUACAGUCUUUAAAAUGAAGUACAUAAAGCACAGGUUUCUGAAAAGUUUCAUUUAACCUGAAACUGCGGGUUAAAACACGAAGCAUAAUUGCAUUUACAAACUCUACAAUUGACUUUUUAGUUUUAUCAGUCUAAUUAUGUUUCAUGCCAAGCGGACAUGUCAGACAUACACAUACGACUUUUAAGUAAUUAGAAUUACGGUUUGGAAUACCUUUGGGCUUGGAAAGGUCAAAUGGUACCAGCAAAAAGUAAGUACGCAGAUAGCAAAAGUUCCGCGUACCUAUUCCUUGAGUACUUGGCUGAAUUACCAACCAGACCGCAAUUUAUCGCACCCUGAACUGGUCACACAUUUUCACUGUGGGAACGAGACUGACUUUUGAGAUGUUGUGGACCGUUAAAUAUUAUGUCAAUUCGUUCCGAUUUUCUUGGGGGGUUUUUCGAAGCAUGGGAGUUGGCCGGCAGGGGUGGAAAAAUUGAGGGGAGCACGCGAGCACUGCUCGCAGGAAAUGUUUAAAAACAGCUGCAGGAAAUUCGUUUCAAUGAAAAUUUGAAGGAAACCUUAACACCCAUCCCCACUAUGGACGCAACAACAUAUGGUUGACAGACAUUAUUCCUUGAAUUUAAAACCAUGGUCAGCUAGAACACUAUAUGUUUAUGCACAUGCAGACUUAGCACAAAAUACUCCGCUGAUCUGCAGGAAAUUUUUGUCUCCGGUUGUGCUUCCAGGAAGAAAAUUCUUUUUUCCUGCUCUGUUGGCCGGUCAGAAGUCGCGUUUGACCGCGGUCAUAUAGACUGUAUGGUGUUGUGGUUUACUAUAUGUAAACACGGGUGCAAGAUACGGUUAGAUUGCUAGCGCUAGCCCUGGGUAAAAUUUUCUUUUUUUCUCUUAACGAUCAUAUUAAAUUGAAAAAACAUAAAAGUAUAUGUUUGGAGGAAUGUACACCAGGCCUGACAAUCUGUCAUCUCAUAUUAAAUCCAUCCAUUUAACAAUCUAAUAUGACAAAUACACGACACAUAUUUCAGUCUGUUUAUUUCAAAAGUCAGAAGCAAUGAAGCAUAUGUGUUUGAUUGAGACAAGCCAUGUUCAUAAAGAAGCUGUUGGGAAGAUUGCUUUGAAAAAUUUGUUAACCUGGGAUAAUAGGCUUUCGAUCAACCGCCCCCUGGUCAGUAUUUACAACUUAUAGCUGGGUUGCUUUUACAGUUCAUAAACAUAUUUGAAACAUACACCCACUAUGAACUCAAUUUUUUACGCCAUAUACAAAAGCUUUUUCGAAGCUGGGAGUUGAUCACGGGCUACAAGUGAAAAUGAUCUGUUUUGUCGUCUCUUAGGAAGUGCGGGAUAUCCAGACGCCUGAGGAACUUGAGAGGUUCUUGAUGGAUCAUGGGGAACAAAUCAUUGAUACAUUAGGACAAGAAGUUGACAGAAUUGAGAGAAAUAUUAAGGUGAGAGUGUGUAGUCUUAUAGUGUUGUUAGUGUCGGCAAAAUUGUCAGAAAAUCUAUUACGGUCGAUUGCCUCUGUCAACUUAGUGUCGAGUACAUUGGACAGGUUUUAAUCUGAACAGCAUAACUAGCUCAACGUUGAUUGGCUGAACUGACUGAAGCCUUCACAUGAUUAAUACGAAUAUUGAACGUGAGCGUACACAAUGAUUGUAUCUCCAACUGUUCAUUGGUUGAUGUAAACAAAGACAACUAUGGUAAAUGUGAGUUGCCAAAAGUAUAGCCUGCGUGGCAGACGGCCAGCCCGUCGCGGAACACCUGAAAGGUGGGCGAGGAAGGAGAAGACCUUUCCCGCCUGACCGUCUGCCACGCAGGUUACCAAAAUUGCUACCAAAAAACAAGUUAAUAUUUUUUUUCAGAAUAAAAAUCCUGAAGUACGCCAUGUUGAUCUUGAGAUUCUAUGAAUCGUGAUGAAAUAAUUUAAGGAAUGCAUCACGAAGUUACUGAACUCAUUUUAUAUCCGUUUUAAAAUUAUAUUUGUUGAGAUGUCUAAUUAGUAAUUUAUUUAAUAAAUAUAUCCAUUAUGUA